AUGGGCCUUUUUGACAAGCUUCGGGCUCGUCCCCGGCGCAGUGCGGGGCACGCGACCGAGGCAUCACCCGCCAACUCGCCCCGCCCAUUGAGAACCACCGGCCGCGAUUAUACGCGCAAGCUACCCCGACCGGUGCUGGCCUACAUCUUUGCCCUCACCUGUCCACACACCCUCGAUGAGUCCUACGAUACCUCCGAGGAGUCCAUGAGCGAUGGCUGUAUGCUCUGUGACAUGCGUGACCUUGCGCACUGUGCUCAGGUCUGUAAGCGGUGGUUCAUCGAGGCCCGCGCGCUGCUUUAUACCCAUGUCCGCAUCGACCCUGUCCACUAUUGUGAACUCGAAGUUCAACUCGCCGCCAAGCGAAAGCGUCGCUCUUUCUUUGAUCGCAAUGGCGACCCUAUCGAUGCCCCUCAGGUCCGCCUGGAACUCUUCAUGCGCACCGUCCGAGAAGAUCAGAAACUGGCCAAUAUGGUCCUCUCCCUCCGGAUGCCAUACAUGACUCGGGAAGCCAACAAGGCCAACAUCGCCCGGACGAUCUCCGUGCUCCACAACAUUCGCUUCGUCGAUCUGCCGUCCGGCCUGUUCAGCGAUGAACCAUCGUGUACCGCGUUGAAGCAAGAAUUGAUCGUCCAGUGUCCUGAUCUCCGUCGCACUAGCUAUCGGCAUGGAUCGGAGGGGAGCUUUGCCCGACUACCAGGCGCACAGCUCUGGACCAACCUGGAGAAAUUGGAGUUAUCCGGGCUACAGAUCGAAGCCGGCAUUCUGCGCAAUGGAUUGGCCUCAUUCUCACGUCUGCGGGACCUGACCCUGGACGACCUCCCCUGGCUUGACGAUGCGGCAUUCGUCAUGAGACCUCCUCACCCACCUAUUCCCCCACUCUUGCAUUUGACUAUUCGAGAUACCCCGAACGUCACGGCUGCCGGCCUUACCUCGUUCCUUUCUUCCCCCCACACCCAGAAUACGCUGCAGUCCCUGACUCUCGCUUCCACCGGUGUUCUUCCCUCCACACUCCAUCAGAUCCUCUCCACCGCCCCAAGACUCACAAGUCUCUCCAUCAUCCAGGAAGUCCACCGGUCCUUCCCGGCAGAGCAGAUCCCUCAAAUGACUUCCAAGUCCCUGCGUCUACUGCACUACGAGAUCACCUCUGAAACCGAGACACACGGGCUGCCCCCAGUCGCAACCUCGUACUACACAUACCUUAUAUCAUCGUUAAUGUCUCGCUCUCUCCCCGCUCUACGUGAUCUAUACGUGCGGGAUGCCAACUUUCCCGAUACACUUUUGCUGGCCCCACCACCCAGGAUCUUCGGUGGAGGCGGCGGCGGGAACGGACCGCAGCCGAGAAACCGAGGACUGACACAACCCCUGAAUGUAUAUAGCAAAGGUCUCGACGAACUGGAGUGGAACUUCACCCCGUACGACCCCGGCGUCCUGCCCGGACGAGGCGGCACAAAUACCCGUCCUAUCAGUUUCCACGAAGCACAGCUGAACCGCUCCUGGGGCGGCGAGUCGCGCAAGAGCGUGCUGGUAGGUAAUGGCUUUGGCGGGUUCCUGGCUGUGCCGGCGGAUGAGGAUGAGCGUCCGAAGAGUAGUGGGGGGUACAAGCGAUCGAGCAGGGUGGAUAUAUGGCGAUGA